AAAUCAUAUAUUGAAAGUGAAUUGAAAUGUUGAGCACAAACUUUUCGGUAAUUGAUUACUUGGUAUUCGGCUUCUUAUUAGUCGCCUCCUCUAUAAUUGGAGUAUACUUUUGGUGGACAACCAGAAAAAAUGCCACAAAUAGUGAAUUCUUGACGGGAGACCGAAAGUUGGGUGUAUUCCCGGUCACUCUAUCACUUGUGGCCAGUUUUAUGUCCACAAACACCAUAUUGGGAGCACCGGCCGAAGUAUUUCAAGUGGGCACUCAGUUUGUGCUCCAGAAUGUGUCUAUCGUUUUGUCCAUAUUUUUGGCGGCAGAAGUAUUUAUGCCUAUUUAUUAUAAACUGGAAGUCAUCAGUGUUCAUGAGUAUUUGUCGAAACGAUUUGAUGCUCAAUAUAUACGUUUGGCGGGAACUAUCGGCUUUUUGUUGGCUACGAUACCUUAUAUGGCAGUUUUACUCCACUAUCAAUUCCUACAUGGAGGAAUAAAAGCAGUUAUUUGGACGGAUGUAUUGCAAUGUAUUCUCAUGUUUUUGGGAGUACUUAUGGUUAUCGUUCAGGGAACUAUAGAAGCGGGCGGUCUGUCCGAAGUGUGGCGAAUCAAUGAGGAGGGGGGAAGACUCAUAUUUUUCAAUUUUGAUUUUAAUCUCUAUAAUCACGACAACAUCUGGAAUGUAAUCCUGGGUACUAUUAUCUACUGGUCAGCCGUUUACUGUGUAAUGCAGACACAAGUGCAGCGAUACUGUAGUAUGGAGUCACCACAAAAAGCGCGCCGGACCCUGUACUAUAAUCUACCUGGUCUUGUAAUACUGGCCAUAAUGGCAAUAAUGUGCGGGUCAGUCAUAUACGCCAAAUACCAUGACUGUGAUCCGGUAACUUUGGGCAUAAUUGAGAGACACGACCAGUUGAUGCCAUACUUCGUGAUGGACACUCUCGCCAAAUACCCGGGUCUUCCCGGACUCUUCGUCGCCUGUGUUUUCAGUGGUUCGCUCAGUACCCUGUCGUCCGGGUUUAAUGCGUUGGCUGCGGUCACGUGGGAAGACCUCCUCAAAGACCACAUUAAACUCAAGAAUGAGAAACAGGAGCUCACUAUCACUAAACUGAUCGCCAUGGGAUACGGGUUUCUGUCAAUUGCCAUGUCUUUCGGUGUCGGAAAUCUGGGAACAGUAUUGCAGGCCUGUAUGGUUUUGGUCGGUUCAAUGGUCGGUCCCUUAUUUGCUAUGUUUCUCAUCGGAGUAUUCUUUCGUUACGCGACGGCACCGGCCACACUAAUUGGCUUCAUAUUAGGGGUGAUGACGAGUCUUUCGCUGUCCAUCGGGUCAAUAGUAAUCCCUCGACCGAAGGUGUCGUUACCAACAACUCUAAACAACUGUCCCGAAGAUGUGCUCUCUUAUAUUCAUAUACCGCCUCCCAAACAGGAUAAGGGAAAGGGAAAGGACUCGAAGGCGCCGCCGAAGAAGAAGGAAGGAGGAGGUGGUGGCAAAGCCAAGAAGAAGAAGUGGUCCAAAGGCAAGGUUAGGGAUAAGCUAAACAACCUGGUCCUUUUCGAUAAGGGCACGUACGACAAGUUCGUGAAGGAGGUGCCCUCCUAUAAGCUCAUCACCCCAUCCGUCGUGUCCGAGCGGCUGAAGAUCAGGGGGUCGUUGGCCCGGAAGGCGCUGUUGGAGCUGCACGAGAAGGGACUCAUCCGUCAGGUUAUUAAACAUCACUCGCAGACGAUAUACACGCGAACCACGAAAGCGGACGACGCCGAACAGGAGGCGGAACAGGAGGCCCAACAGGAGGGCCAGAAGGGAAAGAAAGGCAAACAGCAAAAGGAAAAGGCGGAAAAGGCCUAAGACAUGGACAUCAGUGUCUGGUCCACCCAUUUGUGCGCUUUUUGCGAUUGUUUUUGUCUCAUUUUCCGACAAUUGUUUUGUAUGUCAUGAGAAGUAUUUAAAAAUAAAUGAUUACUAAUUAACAGAA